AAGGGGGGGGCGGGGCUUAAACGUGGCAGGGCGGUUUCUGUUCUUUCUGUCAGGCAAAUCAUGUCUGCGACAGUGGGGGAUUCUCCUUCGCUCGCUGUCUCCUCUUCCCGGCCGUCGGGGGAUGCCGACUUGGGGUCCCCUCACAUAGCGGCGCUGGUCCUGGCUCGAGGCGGCAGCAAAGGGAUCCCGCUAAAGAACAUUAAGCUCCUGGCUGGCGUUCCGCUGAUUGGUUGGGUAGUGAGGGCAGCCCUCGACUCCGGCGCCUUCCAGAGUGUGUGGAUUUCCACGGAUCACGAUGAAAUUGAGAAAAUUGCCAAGCAGUUUGGAGCUCAGGUUCAUCGGAGGAGCUCUGAAGUGUCUAAAGAUUCUUCUACUUCUUUGGACACCAUUGUGGAGUUUCUCCAAUAUCACGAGGAGGUUGAUGUUGUAGGGAACAUUCAAGCAACUUCCCCUUGCCUGCAUCCCACCGACCUGGUCAAAGUGGUCAAAAUGAUCCGUGAGGAUGGCUUUGAUUCGGUCUUUUCAGUCGUGCGGCGGCACCAGUUCAGAUGGAGUGAAAUUAAAAAAGGAGUCUGCGAAGCAACCGUCCCGCAAAAUCUGAAUCCUGCCAAGCGUCCUCGGCGACAGGACUGGGAUGGGGAACUUUAUGAAAAUGGAUCAUUUUACUUUGCCAAGAGGGCCUUAAUUGAAAAGGGAUAUUUGCAGGGUGGGAAAAUGGCAUACUACGAAAUGCGAGCUGAGCAUAGCGUGGACAUAGAUGUGGAUAUAGAUUGGCCUAUCGCGGAGCAACGGGUCUUAAGAUAUGGCUACUUUGGGAAAGAUACCUUAAAGGAAGUGAAGCUUCUGGUUUGUACCAUUGACGGAUGCCUCACCACCGGCCACAUCUACAUCUCGGAAGACGGAAAAGAGAUGGUUUCCUAUGAUGUCAGAGACGCUGUUGGAAUCAGUCAGCUUCAGAAAAGAGGCGUCGAGGUGCAUCUGAUCUCCGAGAGAGACUGUUCCACCAAGGGGCUCUUCACCUCGAAGUUGGGCUGUACCGUGGAAGUCGGGGUGAUAGACAAGCUGGGCGUCGUGGAGAAAUGGCGGAAGGCCAUGGGGUUGUGCUGGAAAGAGGUGGCAUACUUAGGAAACGAAGACUCGGAUGUGGAGUGCCUGAAAAAAGCCAGCAUGAGCGCCGUCCCUGCAGAUGCUUGUCCGGCUGCGCAGAAAGCGGCGAGCUACAUUUGCAGGUCCAAUGGUGGCCGCGGGGCAGUUCGCGAGUUCGCCGAACACAUCCUCCUUUUGAUGGAAAAGGUUAAUUCGGCUGGAAAAAACUUGGGCCGACCAAGCUAGGAAGUCGCCUCCAAGCAGCGUCGGCUCUGGGAGAGAUGGAAUUCUGCUUCGUUGAUUUUGCUGGGGGGUGUCUUUCCUCUGCUUGGCUUUUGACAUUUCCAGAUUUCCAAAAAGGACCGGGAUGAGAAUCUUCAAAAUAUCUGCUUUAUUAUUGUUAUUAUUAUUGCACUGUGGUUGAAAUCGUUACUGAAUUGAUGCAGACCCAGAGUGGCAGGAAAACCCAAUAAACCCAAAGACAUGCUAAUGCCAGAUGUGUCUAUGGAGGUUCUCGGUCAUCCAGGUCAUGGUUGUCCCAAGAGGCAACUGGACUUUCUUGGUUUUUCUUUUGGUUUUUCUUUUCUCAUCCAAGAAGCUUCUUCAGCUCUGACUGGAUGGUGGAGAAUGGAAGGAUUUAUAUUCCUUGCAGACAGCUGGUCAUUUGCAUCCUUUUAGCGGGACGUUGAGGCCACUUGGAGGUUUAUCGGUGUCCUCAAGGUCACUUGAGUAAUGCAAAUGGUUAUGGAGACUUCUUGGAAGUGGUUGAAAGGACUGUGUUGUAGAGUGGAGAUAGAUGAUGUUGUAUCCUUCCCCUCUGUUGAGAGAAAGCUCUUCAAUUUUGACAUAAAUGGCCUAUUUGGCCCCUCUUUCAAACUAGGGAGGAUCCUUCCGUCCCCCACCAUCCAGUCAGAGCUGAAGAAGCUUCUUGGAUGAGAAGCAAAACAUCUUCAAAAAAAAAUGCCAAAAAGUCUAGUUGCCUCUGGAAAAAAUAUUGCCAGACUCAUUUCCUAGAAGGCUUAAAAUGUUUAUAGCCUUAUUCCCUGAGAUUUUUAUUUUAUUUCAUUUUAGGUUUGUUUGUUGGCCUGUUUGUUUUUGUAGCCUGAUCAUUUCGGCAAAAAUAACUUGGCUAAAAAUAGAAGCAGUAGGAAAAAAUGCUUGGUUUUUAUUUUUUGUUUUUUUUUACUCUGGCUACAGUGCCAUGCCAUUAUAUAAGGAAUUGAUGACCGUGUAUGGACAUCAAAUGGAACUUAAUAUUUUGCCAGAGGGUGUUUUCAAAGUCCUGAAGCCUCCUGACAAGUAGGAAUGUACAUUCUUGAUUUUAUGUUCCAGAUGUGUUUCUCCGUAGCAAGCUUUAUUUUGUUGUUGACCUAGAUUGGCUCCUCUAAGCCAACAUUUUCCAAUCUUGGCAACUUUAAAACCUAUGGACUUCGACUCCCAGAAUUCCCCAGUCAGCCAUCUUGACUGGGGAAUUCUGGGAGUUGAAGUCCACGUGUCUUAAAAUGGCCGAGAUUGAGAAACGCUGCUCUUAAGCUAAUCCUGUCACGUGUUUAAUCGAGGGACAUCAACUUUGGGGGCGUCUGAAGUUGCAAAUAAUAUUUGGGGAGUGGGGAAAGGCAGAGAGGCAGGGCAGUGAUGUUGACUGGUUAGAGUUCUAUCAUUUCCUUUCCUGAAUUUGAGGAAGGACAGAUUCGGGCAUGUGGUAAAUUUUUAACAGUUUAUGGCAAUGAUAAAGACUUCCGUUGUGAUUUCCUUGGGUGAGCUGUUGAUGGGAUGACCCAGGUCAUCUGCUCGGCUACAUCACUGACCAAAGUCUUCCUCCUUCUGAGCUCCUUGACAAGUUCUCCUCCUGAUGUUUCACCACCUUCCCCCAGGGCCUAGAUUAGCGGUGGACAACGAUGGCCCCUUUUAUGACUUGUGGACUUCAACUCCCAGUAUUCCAGAAAGACCCUUUUAUGA